AUGUUUUACAGAGCCAUCAAAGCCUGCCAUGUCAACAUCAGUGUUCCCCCUACUGGCCUCAAUGUCAGUGUCCCCCCUACCGGCCACAACAUCAGUGUUCCCCCUACUGGCCUCAACAUCAGUGUUCCCCCUACUGGCCUCAACACCAGUGUUCUCCCUACUGGCCUCAAUGUCAGUGUCCCUCCUACUGGCCUCAACAUCAGUGCCCCCCCCCCUACUGGCCUCAACAUCAGUGCCCCCCCCCUACUGGCCUCAAUAUCAGUGCCCCCCCCCCCCUACUGGCCUCAACAUCAGUGUUCCCCCUACUGGCCUCAAUAUCAGUGUCCCCCAGUCCCCCCUACUGGCCUCAGCAUCAGUGUUCCCCCUACUGGCCUCAACAUCAGUGUUCCCCCUACUGGCCUCAAUAUCAGUGUCCCCCAGUCCCCCCUACUGGCCUCAACAUCAGUGUUCCCCCUACUGGCCUCAAUAUCAGUGUCCCCCAGUCCCCCCUACUGGCCUCAAUAUCAGUGUCCCCCAGUCCCCCCUACUGGCCUCAACAUCAGUGUUCCCCCUACUGGCCUCAACAUCAGUGUUCCCCCUACUGGCCUCAAUAUCAGUGUCCCCCAGUCCCCCCUACUGGCCUCAACAUCAGUGUUCCCCCUACUGGCCUCAACAUCAGUGUUCCUCCUACUGGCCUCAACAUCAGUGUUCCCACCGUUGUCGAUUUAUUGA